CGGUGACGAUCGUUUCGUGCGCCACGAUACGAGAACAUUCAAGAUAGAUAGAAGAGAAGAUCCGUGGAAAAGUUUCGAAUUUUGGUGCAAAUACCGUUUGAUUCAUCGAACAUUGGUUCGAUGAUCGAUGGAAGACUGAUCAAUCGCGAUGAUAUCCGCGUAGAAGCGAUGAAGAAACGCGGCAACAAUGAAAACAAGGGUGGAAAGGGUCGACAAAACGAAACGAAGGAUUCAGAGAAGAAAAAUGAUAAGAAGAAUGAUAAGAAUUCAGAGAAGAAAAAUGAUUCGUUAGAUGAGUAUAACGAAGGUUUCAGCGAGUGGCUGAGAUCUAGCGAUGGUUUCGAAACGAUGCGACUCUUUGUCAUUGCUAAUUCUAUCAUGAUCUUCGUCACGAUGGGAAUACCGAAAAUACAGGAAAUUAUCAGUAUUAUCAAAGAUUAUUACUAUGAAACGUAAAUAACAGCUUG